AUGUUUUUCGAUGAAGAAUUUGAUGUGAUCGUAAUUGGUGCCGGACAUGCUGGAUGCGAAGCUGCGUCUGCCGCUGCAAGACUUGGAGCCGAAACGGCGUUAAUUACAAUAAAUCUGGAUCUAAUUGGUCAAAUGUCUUGCAAUCCGGCAAUUGGCGGGAUCGCUAAAGGACACGUAGUUCGCGAAAUUGAUGCGCUCGGGGGGAUUAUGGGACGGAUUAUUGAUCGAACUGGCAUUCAAUUUCGAUUGUUAAAUCGCUCGAGAGGACCUGCUGUGCAAUCACCUCGCGCACAAGCUGAUCGCAGUCUUUACCGAGUAGAAAUGAGGCGAAUAUUGGAAGAAACGUCAAAUCUUCAUUUAAGACAAGGAGCGGUUGUUAGGUUAAUUGUUGAAAACAAUACUGUUAUAGGCGUAGAGUUGCAGGAUACACGUUGUCUCAAAGCCAAGUCAGUAGUUAUUGCCGCUGGAACUUUCCUAAAUGGAAUGAUUCAUACCGGACCACGCACUUUUUCUGCAGGUCGUGCGGGAGAACCUGCCUCAAUUGACCUUGCAGAAAAUCUUAAAUAUUUAGGACUUUCUGUUGGUAGAUUAAAAACCGGAACGCCGCCGCGUUUGGACGGCAGAACAAUUGACUGGCACGCUUUUGAGGCUCAACCACCUGACGAUGUAAUUGUUCCUUUUUCAUUUUCUACAGAAACUAUUGAACAGCCGCAAAUUCAAUGCUAUAUCGGUUAUACUAAUGACAUACUUCAUAAAGAGAUAAGAAAUAAUUUAGAUAAAUCUCCUUUAUACUCAGGAAAAAUCAAAGGAAUCGGUCCACGAUAUUGUCCUUCUAUCGAGGAUAAAGUCGUAAAAUUUGCCGAUAAAAAUAGGCAUCAGCUAUUUUUGGAGCCGGAAGGUCAUAAUACGAAUGAAGUAUAUCUAAAUGGUUUUUCUACUUCGCUUCCUGCUGAAAUGCAGCAAAAUCUUUUGAGGAAGAUCGAUGGGUUUGAAAAUGUAAAAAUUAUUCGUCCCGGUUACGCUAUUGAGUAUGAUUUUGUUGAUCCUCGUCAAUUGAAGCCAACGAUGGAAACAAGUCAAAUU